CUCGGCGCAAAGAACACAAUAAUAUAUUUCAGGUUCAGGCAACGCAAAUCCUUAGAAUUCCAUGGCGAGGAUGCAGCUCUUUCUUCUACACUUCAUAGUACUAUCAGAGACAUUCUUUCUACUUGGCCGAUCAUCCUCUGGAGAAAUGGUAGCACAAUUUGAUAUAAUGACUGGAAAUAGCUCACUUGUCAAUAACCAGACAUUGAUCUCGGCCAGGAGUGUGUUCCAACUCGGUUUCUUCAGUCCAGUUAAUAAUUCUGGGACUGCAUACAUAAGAAUUUGGUACUACAAUCACCCUCCAAGAGAAAACAAAGUAGUAUGGGUCGCCAAUGGGAACAAGUCUGUCGACACAUCUAUGGCAUCGUUGAACCUGACUUCCGACGGAAAUAUAAUUUCAUUUGAGGAAGGAACAAAGGUUUGAUCGACGGAAACAUCCACAGAACUCAAUUCUGCAUGCUUACAGCUUUUAGACUCAGGAAACCUCGUGCUGAUUGCUAGCAACUCUAACAUGUGGAUAUGUUCUCUAAAAAUUUUGAUGGUUCAUUUCCUUCUAUUGUAUGGUAGAAUCGCACAAAAACGUUGUUGAGUCAAUUGAUGUUUUAUCAUUUGCCUACUUGAUGGUUAAUUAUUACACUUCAUGCGCU